AUGUCAUAUGUCUUCAUCAAUGACUCAUUGCAGACUAGUGUACCGUUACUGCAGACUUGCAUCGAUGGGUACUUGAGUUUCGCCAGGCCUCUACUGGAGACCAGCUGCGACCCCAGCAUCCGUGACCACCAGGGCCGCACAAGUCUGCAUCUGGCCGCAGCGCACGGGAAUGUGGACAUCUGCUGCUUCCUGCACAAGUUUGGUGCAGACCUACUGGCCACAGACUAUCAGGGCAACACUGUGCUGCACCUCUGCAGACACGUGGACACCAUUCAGUUCCUGGUGUCCAAUGGUCUCAAAAUUGAUAUUUGUAACCAUUAUGGGUUAACCAAAUUGGUGCUGGCUGAGAGGAGAGGGGUAAACAAAGAUGCCAUUAGGCUGCUGGAAGGGCUGGAAGAACAGGAGGUCAGGGGCUUCAACAGAGGAGCCCACUCCAAACUGGAAACCAUGCAGAUGGCUGAAAGUGAGAGUGCAAUGGAGAGCCAUUCGCUGCUGAAUCCACACCUGCAGAACAGCAAAGGUGUGCUUUCCAGCUUUCGCUCCAUCUGGCUGGAGUUUGUGGAGGACCUGGGCUCCUGGAGGGUCCUGCUUCUGCUGGUAGUCAUCACUCUCCUCUCUCUGGGCAUUGCUUACUAUGUCAGUGGGGUCUUGCCCUUUUCUGCUAGCCAGCUGGAGUUGAUCCACUGA